AUGAAACAACCAGUCUCACUUUUCGCUUAAAAUACUUUUUCAAGAAAUAUAAAUUAAGAAGAUGAUCAAGAAAUUCAGGACAGAUCAGGUUUUGAAAUUUUGAAUAUGGAUGGUCAAAAGAGAAGGAGAGAUAAACUAUCUCCAGUGGCUCGAUCGAAUUCUGGGCAUCAUGAAUAGUUGAUUUUACAAUACCAUAAUCCAUAAUAACUAAUUACUCCUAAAAAUGAGAACAUUACUGAAAGACUUUAAACAUUUGCUUAGACAGAGCAAUUCAAAUAAUCAAAAUCAUUUCGAAAACUGAUUGUGUAUUUUCAUCAAAAAGACUUUAUAAAAAUACUAUUGGCUCCAUACAAAUUAACGACAUCUUUUACUAUAAGACAUUUUAACUUAAUUAAUGAUUUAGGAGCCUCCUUUAAAUACUAAGUAGGUAGAUUUAAUGAAAGUUAGAAAAGCUUGAUUCAUUAAUACAUUUCACUUAUUGACUUUAGAAUCCAAAUAAGAUUAAAAUUCAGAACCAUAAAAACAAAGUGCAAACAUUACUUACAACACAUUCAUAAUUAAAUUCCAUUAAUCGAGCCGAUGAGUAAUCUCAAAUUUUUUUGGGAUUUAAUGUGCUUUGGCAUCAGGAUUUAUUUAAUUGUGGUAAUCCCUAUACUAAUGGCGUUCCAUAAUUAAAACUUCAUUGAUAAACAAUAAAUUCCAUUAAUAUUAUUUUCUAUUGCUUUAAUUUUUGAUAUCAUUAUGAGGGCAUUUACUGUAACCUAUGAUUAAGGAUUACCUGUUAGAGAUCGUUAUUUAUUAUAUAAAAAAUAAGUAAACUUCUCAACAUUAUUGGAAUUAUUUAGUUUUAUAUACACAAGCAUAAUAAGUUUAUAGUCAGACAAUAUUAUCGAUAAAAAUUUAAUUGGAGAUGGUUGGCCGAAAUUUAUAUUAGUUUUAUUGUAUAUAUAAGUGGCCAAUAUAUUAAAGUUUAUAGACAUAUCUUAAUACUCUUUCAAACUCAGCAGAAUGUCAACAUCAAUAGUAGAACUGGUUAAAUUAAUUACAUUAAUACUUUUGGUUUAACAUGUAUUUAGUUGUGUAUGGCUUGUCUUUGGUAUUUAAUGUUAGGAUACGUAAUAAUAGUCAUGGUUAGACAAAUUCGAGAGUGAUUAAUGGUCAUAUUAAUUCCUUCAAUCGUUCUAUUUUAUUUGUGUAACCACAUUUACUGUAGGCUAUGGUGAUUUGACACCAAAAAAUCCUCCUGAAUAAAUCUUCACCAUCUUUUAUAUGUUUUUAUGUAUGUUGCUAUUCUCAUACACUGUAAAUACUAUUGGAAGCAUACUCACAUAAAUAAAAGAAAGCAGCGAUAAAAUUAAAACUAAACUCACAGCCAUAAAUUAGUAUAUGCAUAAUAAACAGAUUAGUCCGACAUUAUAAUUUAAAGUUCGAGAAUAGUUGUAUUUUUAUCUUAAACAAGAGGUUGUUCAAUAAGUCAAUGAGCAAUCAGAAAUCAUAUCAAUGCUUCCAGAAGAAUUAUAACACAGCCUUAGAAUAGAGGCUGCCAAAUCUUUAAUAAAUAAAUGUCCAUUUUUUAGUGAGAACUUUUCAAAUGAAAUAAUGAAUCAGCUCCUGGAAGAAGUCAAUUUCUAAAUAUUUUAGCCAGGAGCCACAAUUUAAUCAAAAGAUGAAUUCUUCAUUCAUAUCAUUGAAUAAGGAUAAGUCGAAGUUUUGUAUAAAAAAAAAAUUAUACAAACACUUGAAAGAUUUGAUUACUUCGGACUUGAAGAAUUUGUCAGUUAAUAGUAAAAUCCAAAUUUUAUUUUCAAAAGCACUGCAUUUACUAGUGUACUCUCAAUUCCAUACUCUUAUUUUCAUAAGAUAUUAUCUCAAAAUGAUCUGGAAAACUAAAAAUUUCACAAUCUACUUACAUCCUAAUCUUGUCUCUCAAACUAUUGUUUUAUAUGUAAAAACAAGAGACAUUCAACAUAGUCCUGUUCUUUGGUUCAUUUUAUACCAAAUAAAGAGGUUGUCUUAAAAAGGUAUCUUUACAGAAAUAAAUAAAAAAAAAGAAUUAAGUAAGACAGAAGGAGUAGAUAGUUAUCAAUAAAUGAAAUUAAUUUAGUCAAUGGAUAAAAUUAAAUUAAACAAAUUUAAUUUAAAAAUGCUUGCAAUAAUUAAAAAAUGAUUGAAUCAAUAGUAAACAAAUUUUAAAUUGAAAAUUAAGUAGCUUUAGAAACUCUAUUUCCUACAAUUGAAUAACCUAUAAGUAUAGAUAGUUAAAGUGAAUCUGAAAAUGAUGAAUUUGAGGAUGUUAAAGAUUAGAGUUUUUCAUAAUAAAAUUUGAAUUCAAGAAGAGCCAGUAAACAAAUUCCUUGUAUUUCCUCAAAAAAUUUACUCUAAUAUUAGAUUUUAGAUAAAAUUAAGAAAGAAAGACAAAACAGAUUGAUCUAACCUUUACAACCUUAACUCUUAAUGUCUCAAUAUGGAUAAAAUAAUCCAAAUCCUACUGCUAAUACUAAUGCUAAUACUAACACCAAGUUACAACUAAAAAAACUACUAUUGUCCAAACCUGGCCAACCUGAUUAUGAUGAAUAAGUAACCUAAAUUCAAGAAUUAAACUUUUUUAAUGAUUUAAGACAGAAAAUGAAUAAUUUACUUUUAUUCCCAAAAACAGAAUAAGAAUAAAUAGAAUUUUUGUAUAAGAAAAUUUUAAAUAGAAAGGAGGACUUGGGUGAAAUGUCGGACUUUGAAAUAUUAAAAAAUUAUGAAGUCUUUAAUAGAUAAUGGAAUGCUGACUAAGUAGUUAAGAAAUUAGUGUAAAAACAAAAAAAAUUUAGAGGAUUUAAAAAACUUAAAAGAUUUUUGUUGUUCCCCUUUCUUUAUGUUAAUAAAUACUUAGACAAAAAGGAUUAGAGUGAUGUAUUUAAACCAGCUGAAAAAUCAAAAAAGAAAAGACCUACAAGACCAAAGGUAAUCAAAAAGACGAGGGUUAGUCCUAAAAUAUGA